AUGAAGCUUCGUCAGCAGUUAACUCAGUUUCUUUCACUCGCAUAUGUCUUUUCUUCUGCAUUCAUACUUUGGAAGUCUCUUUCAGUAGUAUGCAAUUCACAUUCUCCAAUUGUUGUUGUUUUGUCUGGUUCAAUGGAGCCAGCUUUUCAAAGAGGCGAUAUUCUAUUCCUUUGGAAUCGUGAUUCAAGAGCUAAGGUCGGUGAUGUCGUUGUAUAUGAGAUUCUGGGUAAGACUAUUCCCAUUGUUCACAGAGUGUUAAGGGAGCACCAUAACGAAAAGAAACAAUUCAUACUUACAAAAGGUGACAAUAAUGCUCUAGACGAUUUAGCCCUUUAUGCUAAAGGUCAGCACUAUUUGAAUUAUGAUACGGAUCUCAUUGGUACUGUUAAAGGAUAUUUGCCAAAGCUUGGAUAUAUUACAAUCUUGAUUACUGAAAACAAAUACUUUAAGUUUGGCUUAUUAGGACUUAUAGGCAUAUCUAGUUUAUUAACUAACGAGUGA